AUGUUCCUUUUCUUGGGAGCCUAUGCACAAGAUCUGCUAGAUUUCUCACUAGCAGGAGGAACAAUCCUAAAGUGGUGGAACAAUAAAAGAAUAUGGAUGAUAAGAGCAAUCUCACCUUACCUAUUGGGAUCCAUAGAUUACUUUCUUAAAUCAAUUGGCAUCUCUACAUUUGGAAUCAAUGUGACCAGCAAUGUGAUCCACGAAGAACAAAGUAAGCGAUAUGAGCAAGGUAUUUUCGAGUUCGGAGUUGCAUCACCAUUGUUUGUACCACCAACAACAGCUGCCAUGAUCAACUUGAUCUCAUUUCUAAAGGGAAAAGCAGGAUUUUUCAAAGAUGGAAACUUAGGGGAAGUAUUUAUGCAGUUGUUCAUAUCUAGUUUUGUGGUGGUAAAUUGCUGGCCAAUUUAUGAAGCUAUAGCUUUGAGAAAGGAUGGAGGAAAGAUGCCUGCAAAGACUAUAGUGACGUCUGCCUUACUAGCAUGGAUUCUUUACUCAAUGGCAUCUCUUAUAUUAAAACCUUGA